GCCAUGUGACAAUUGGCCAAAAUUAUUGCACUCGUCUACGUUCACCUUCAUAUGCCUGCGAUCAAGCGGCGAUUUUUGACACAAACAUCAAGUAAACAAAUUUUGUAUUUGCCGCCAUCGCAUCAAGCACGCAAUCGAUUCAGUGCAAAAUUGUUAAAUAUAACCACGAAAAUGAUUCGUAUUUCGGCUCUGAACGAGGAAGAAUCGGACGAAGAUAGUAACGCAUCCGAUACCGAGUUAAUCGUUACGAAAGAAGCCGAGGAAACAAUCGCCAUCUCGGAGUAUGUGCGGGCGCUACAGAUGAAAAAUGAGAACAAACAGCAAGAUGCGCUGGAAUUGCUACUGGAACUGUUGGAUACUCAAGUCAUAAAUGAUGUCACACCCACCCAAGCGGACAAUAAAUUGUUCGCGGUUAAAUACAACUGCUAUCGAAACAUUGGGCUGAUCUACGAAGAGCAGGGUAAGGAACAUCUCGCUAUCGAAUUUCUUAUGAAAGCAAUGGAUCUGGAUGAAACGGAUGUAUACACCAUGUCCCGUUUGGCACAUAUGGCCCUCAAGACGGGCCAUCUGCAAAUAUCGAAAAUGUAUUUCGAAAAGUGUCUUAAACGCAAUCCAAACCAUUGGCCUAGUAUGGAAGGACUGCUGCGGGUGUUUUGUAGCGCCACGAACGUGGUAGAAGCAUACGGAUGGGCCAGCCAGUGUCACAAAAAGGAUAGCCGCAACAAACUGUACGUGGAUGUGCUGAGAGCAAUCAGGGAACGGUUUAAAUCGACGCUAUCGUAUCUGGACACCGUGUUUCUCGUGCCACCAUCGUUCGAUUUCACCGAGGAAGAGAAACAUCGGCCACUGGCACUUGCAUUGGAAACAUUUGACGAACUGUUUAAACCACGUCACCCAGCGUAUGAUCCUCCGGACCUUACCGUGAUGCCGGAAACGUUGAAAAAUGUGAUGAAAGUAGAUGAUCUUAGUUUCGAAACGAUCGGCAAUGUGCUGGUAAAGCUGAACCAACUCAUGGAGGAAUUAGAUUUGAAAUGUGUAUUCAUGGUGGACACGGAUGAGCUGUUCUGUGAGCACCGGAAGGAGACACCGGAACAAAUGGAAGAAGAUGUACAGAUGUCACCGGAUGCAGCAGAAUGUGCUGGUGAUGUAUCCACUGCGAAAGAUGAAAACCGAAUGGAAACGGAAGAAGAGGAAAUGUGCGGUGAAGAAGUUAACGAUGUUAGUGUUACUGCGACCAAGUGUAAUGAUGAAACCAAUGGCAAUGGUAAUUCUGCUGCUGAUAGUGCUGAUUCUGGCGUUGAUGCUAACGAGCAGGCCAAAAACAAGGCACGUCGUAGAGGUUCCGAGUUGAAGAUUCUCGAGCAAUGGGGCUGGCAUAAAAACCGACGAUCGGCGAGAAAGAAGAGCGUACAGGAAGUGAACGAUCCGGUCGAUGCAACGGUGGAUUCGUUCUUCAAGCAAGCAGUCAAACAGCAUCUUUCAGAGGAUCAACGCUUCAAAGAUUCUCCCUUUGUUAUUGAGGAUCGUACAGAGCCCCAAAGUGAUCAAGCUGUGGAAGUUCAAUCUCCGGAAUCUACUGAAGGAUCGACGUUACACACUACCACACAGAUGGAAUUUUGUCGUGAAUGUAAUCUGCAUAACUUUGUCGCUGAAAUGAAGGAAAGCGACAUUGACGUGUACGCGCUGAUGUAUGGAUUUUUGGCCCACGUCUCAAGAUCGUGGGGCGUUGCGAUGAAGCCAGAGCUACGCAAAUUAUACUUGGAAGUUCAUUCACAUUUCGUACAGUACACCGAUUACAAUGCAUGGAACCAAUUGUCCGAGGAUCGGUUGGAAACGAUCUUUCAAAUUACAUUGUUUCAUCUCGAGCUGAAGCUGGAUGCUGGUUUGUCACGGGACAAUGAACAAACGGAAAGUAUGUUCGAUCAAUUCGAUGAAGAAGUUUUCCAUCGCUGCCGGUUCUAUGUGGACAGUUUACCAACUCUCCAAACAGUUACAGUUUAUCGCAUUCGUUUACUGUGGAUUGCUUACAUUCUGGACUGUAGCAUGCAAAAGUACGACGAAGCAUUGGAUAAUCUCUAUGUGCUUUCAGAGUUAGUGGAAGCACCGGGCGCACCACGCAUAGAAUUAAGCUUUCCAAAUCAGUGUUUGAAUACGAACGUUAGUGGAAGUUCUGUUCGCGAACUUAUUGGUGAAACGGAACGCAAAUUGCGUAUUGAGCGUGUAAAACGACACUACGACAAUGGCGAACAUGAACCGGUGGUUGCAAUAUUGAAAGAUACGCUCCAGUACUACACAUCCGUAGGGAAUCCAAACGAAUCGAUACUUAGUCUUACAAUACAAACGCAAAUGCUGUUGGAAUCACUCUGGAGCAUGGCCGAAAUGGAGGAAUGUUUUGUGUGGUCGGAAAAAUCCUUAACGUACUCCGUACAACAGUUCAUGACUGCACCGGUACAGCACGAUAGCCGAAAGUCACGAAUGUGGGCGAAUAAUAUCAACUUUGCGCUGCUUUACAUUGAGUCAAUUAUCAAACAGGAAGGAGUAGCUAUAAUCGAUCUUCUCGGUAAAAAUCUGUCACGACUCAUCCAAUCGUUACAUCGUAUGCUUACGCAUCAGCUGGAUCCGAGUGGGGAGAAAAAUUACACUGCCCAGCUUUGCCUUAUCGAGUGUUGGAGAGCUUGGAUCGUACUUUACUAUAUUUUGGAGAGACAAGAUGAUAUGGACGGUUUGGUUAAGUUGAACCGCACGCCAGCAAUUGCCGAUCAAAGCGGUACAUUAGAAUUGGAACCAGAGCGUCUCUGCAAUUCAAUUAUGAUGUGCUUUGUUGCACACGAGUUACUAGGAAAGAAAAAUUGGUGCUCAAAAGGAGACAGCGGUAUACUGUUUCACACACUCGAUGUCGUUGUGCCGAAAAUACGUUCCCCAAUGUUGGAACCGUUCCGUGAAACUCUAAACGAAUAUCUUGAACAGGUAACGUACUGUUUGUACGGAUAUCCACAGAAAAGACCCCGGCUUCGGCACAUACAGGAUCACUGUGCCGUGCAAGUAUCGCUCACCUGGGAACGAGCCAUUCAACUGUUCGAUCUCUACCGUCCGGACAGUUUGCCCGAGUUUAACUCAUACAAAUUGGAAUCGAUUUCAACCGAUAUGGAAGCACUGCUCCAGCGUAUCAUUCUGCUCAUACCGUGUGAAAUUAACAUCAUGAAACUUUCUCGUCCCAUUUCGGAGUUUAUCGAUGGCAAGGGUAAUACUUUACCCGAGGCGGCAAACAUCUUGCAGAGUGAGGUGAAACCAAUUUUUUAUCUGUUGGCUGACUUUUACUUCAAAAGUCGAGAUUUCACCCGUGCGAUCCGGUACUACGUGAUGGAUUUGGCACUGGAACCAUCGCGGUUUGAUUCUUGGGCAGGAAUUUCACUAUCCAAAGCAAGCAAAGUGGAAACGAAGCUUAAUUCAACCGAAACAAUACUAUUGCAGGAAUUUCUGGACGAAACUGACAAUGGUAUGAAGUGUUUCGAUCAGUGUCUGCAGCUAAAUGAAGAAGACUCCCAACUCUGGAUCGAGUACGGUUCCUUCGCGUACAACAUUCAUUCUUUCUGUUCGCGUAGCUUAAAGCUGCUUAGCGACACACUGUCGAUGGAAAGCUUCGCUCUGGUCGAAACACAUAAGGAGCGUUGUCUCGAUAUAGCGUUUACGUGUUUCAACAAAGUGAGCCUCAUUAAGCUGUGCUACAGCAAUGCAGCGGGUGAUGUUAUCGAUGAGCAACAGAUACAAUCGAACCAAGAGAAUGGACACAACCAUGAGGAUGAAAUAUGGCUGCAUCACUACAUGCUUGGCAAAAUAGCGGAAAAGAAGAAAGAACAUCCGGCCGUUUAUCUGACGCACUACCUAAAGUCAGCCAAAUAUCUGUACGAAUGCAACGCGACCUAUCCGAUCAAGAUCAACCACAGCAGUCCCUCGCAGCUUGCGAUCGAAGCGUUGGAAAUAUUCUAUCGCAUUAAUGCGGCGAUCAUCAAGUACGUGGAGCAGCAUUCGCCGAUAAAUAAGAAAACGUCCCGGUUGUUUCUGCGUACGCUAAAGGAACUAUCCACCAGCCCGUUUGCGGUGAAUCGGGCUAAAAUUAAUGAGAACAUGCUUAAGCGAAAGAUAUCACCGAACGGUGGAAGCGGCAAUGCUGGAGGUGUGACCGAAAUUGAUAUUCCGGUUGGUUCGCCAAAGGUUUCCAAAUCUGGCGAACAAAUUACGAUAGAAAGUACAUCGGUGACACCGUCGGAUGGUGCUACGUUGGAAGAAAAUAAAGCACCAGAACAACCAGAAUCGACUGGCACGGUUUCACUAAACAGUCCACCACCACCAGCAGAACCCAAACCGGGUUCCAGUGAACUGCAAACGAUCGAUGAUGCAAACGUUCCAUCGCCGGUAUCCGGUUCCAAUCAAAUGCCCGGCCGUAUGCUCGAACAUCUACGGGUGGAGGAAAUAAAACAGCUUGGUGAUCCUCAGCAUCCCUCAGUGCGGCGCGGAUCUCAGGAAAGCGCCGUUACAUCCACCACUACAACCACAACAACCACCACCAGCACUUCCUCGUCGAGUAGCGAUUCGUCCGACAGUGAUACGGAUACGUCUUCCGAUUCGGACAGUGACAGCAGCUCAACGGACGACGAGCUAAUUAACCAGCAACCGAUCAGCCCAGCUCAACGGGACACCAUUUUCAAGCUAUGCAUCAAGAACCUGGAGGAGUGCAUAACACGCUUCCCGGAGCAUUACAAAUCGAUGUAUCGGCUCAUACAUCACUUCAUGCAUGCACCCGGCGCAACAAAGUCUUACGAAAGCGCACGUCACCUAUUGCUCGGCACGUACCGUACCACGCUUGGUAAUCAAAUUCCGGGACUGUUUACGGAACGGAAGACGACCAAUUUCUUCAAUGGUUUAUGGAGAAUUCCUGCCUCGGAUAUUGAUCGUCCAGGCAAUUUUGCUUCUCACAUCUCAAAGUGCGUGAUCGUACUGAUGGAAACGUUAAAGGAAUUUUCCGAGCACGAUGUCCUGUUAGAGUUGGCACUGCAAUUACAGCGAACGCCCGAACCAGACAAGAAAUAUCUUAACGAUUACGAGCGCAAAGAGUUAGUCCAGCAGGCGAUACUGUUCUGUGUCCAGGUGUACCGGAGCAUGUUGAAAAAAUACACCGACGGACGCAACGACACCGAGCUGCUCUCGCUGAUGGUCGAUAUGUACAAGGCAUACCGCAAAAUCAUCAAGCACAUGCAAGCCAAGGAGCCAAUGUUUGCGACGGUACUGAUCGACGCGUACCGAGUGUUCGUUAGCGAUAAGGUUUCAAAAUUACCGGAAAAUGUGAGCUUGCUCGAUUUAGCGGUAAAACUGUGCACAUACGAAAUGAACUAUCGCAAAACGCAAGAAAAGCAGCAACAGGCCAAUGGAACGGCUGGAACCGGAGCAGGUAGUUCGGCGACGGGCAAUGGAGGUAAUGGUUCGAAAUCGACGCUAACCAGUGCUGAACUUCCGGCCACGAUGAUAGUACCGAUGCAACCAAUAUCGGCGAACUUUAUACCUGGGCUUACAAAACAAAAUCGACGUUUCGGUGCAACGAAAGCGUCCACCGUUUCUAUACCAUCAUCCACGACUGCAACGAACGAACAAGCGAUCGUACAGCAGCCUGGAUACCCGGCACCACAUCCAUUCGCACAAACCACAAUGAACAGUAUGAUGUCGGACCUUUCGUCGCGCGUUACCAUUACGCCAAUUAUGCUCGAUGGCACAACGUCCGCAACGGGUGGUGCUAACAACCCAAAAGUCACCGCAUCAUCAAGCUCAAUGAUGUCUUCUUCCACGAGCGUGUCGACCACUGCAUCGAAAUCGUUAGCCUUUUCCUCGAUUCCUACAAACGAGCUACUGAUGCCACUGGCAUCCGGAUCGGCAAUGCCUUUACCACCGUCGGUUACACCACCAACGCAACUGUCUACCCCUUCGGUAGCUGGUGCGAUUAAUUCUACCACUUUAUAUGAACAAUACCUGAAGCUGUUCAGCCAAAUCCCGAACAUUGCAUCGCUCGGUAACAAUCCCAUGAUGGCGGCUGCUUUAACUGAGUACUUAGCUACCUUCAAAAUGCAAAAACCGAAAGCUGCGCUUUCUCCCAGCGCGGAUCGAAACACUUCCACACCUUCCCCAUUGCCGGGCAUGUCCCUGGGCUUACCGAAAGGCAUGGCUAGCAUGAGUGGGAAAGAGUACAACCCACCCAGUAACCAGCAACCCAAAAACACUCACGUGGCAGGAGGUAAAAAAGGACCCGGACCGAAAGCAACUGCCAGCAGUACGAUCACUUCCAUGAACAUUGAUCAACACCAACACCUCGCUACGAUUACGCUUACACCAAUGUCCACACUAACCGGUACGCCUUCAAUGACGGCCAAGAAAGAUUCACGCGUAUCUUCACCAUUCGCCGGUACAUCGCAACGCGUUUCUUCACCGUCGCCCAUUCUCACCAUUACGCCAUCCGAUGGGCCAAUGGUUGGGCGAAACAAGGACCCACCGGGAGGACGCAAAAUGAAGGGCAGAAAGCCGGGUACGUCCACAGGACAGCAGGUACGUCCUGCACCAUACAGCAGACCCGUUCCCACCAUACCGCAGCUCGGCGUACCUGGAUUAUCGAUCGAACCCGUAAUGGGUCCGCUCGCGCAAACCAUGGGUGGAAAAUCUUCCGGCACGACCGCUAACACCGGUCGGGUGGAUAAAUCCCUACCUGCUGGCAUGUUCGAUCCGGGCGUACCAAAUGAUUUGGUGGCGUCCUACAUGGAGCUUCUUCAAAAGUAUCCCCACAUGGCACGUUCGGUGUUGACGACCAUGAAGGGUACCGGUGCGUCAACAGCUCAGCAAACGGGCGGUAGAAAACAAACGGCAAAACAGUCGAACAAAACACCCACCAUGGCAAUGCAGGCAGCGAUGGCCAAUAUGCAAUCCACCGGUACGGUGGGAGCAAAUCGGUUCACUUCGAGUCCUACCAGCAUACCGAGGAUUAGUGCGACAAUAACUGCGGUGCCGUCCGGUGGAUAUUCCACCGACACGUACAACAGACAAUCGCCGUUGAUUGGUGGUGGUGGAGGUGGCAGCAGCGGUAGUUCCCCUUCUCAAAUGGCUUUGCAUCCGAUGGGUGUUGUUGGUUCCAAUCAGCAACAAGCAAAAACAUUGCAGCAAAAGUUAGCUGAACGCCAGAAAGCGAAUAAGGCACGGGAGACCGAAGUUGCCGGGGGAUCGUCUAGCGCCAAACCGAAACCGACCGAUGAUCCGGAUGUGAUCGUGCUAGAAUGAUCCUUACAGGAUGCUUCACCCAAUUUGGAUCGCCGUAGCUAGGUAUGGAAGCUGGAAACAGCAAUUACACUAGCCAUUCAUACUGCCAAUAAAAGGUACUAGAGAUUUUACAUCUUUAAUGAUUAACAAA